CUUUACGGGUGGGCUAUGAGUCAGCCCAUACCGUACGGUGACUUCCGGUGGUAUAAAGGAACAGACCCUCUGGCUGACCUCCAAUCGUUGUCGGACACUGGUAAUACGGGGCGUAUAUAUGAAGUGGACGUAUCGUAUCCACAAGAGCUGCAUGACGAGCACAACGACUUGCCGUUCUUGCCUGUCAACGAUGUACCGCCGGGUUCCAAAGAGACCAAACUCAUGGCCACUUUGAAACCCAAACAGCGGUACGUCGUACAUUACGUUAAUCUUAAACAGGCGAUCGCACACGGACUGCAAGUCGAUAAAGUGCACCGCGUUUUAGAGUUUCAACAAAGUGCUUGGUUGAAACCAUACAUUGAGUUGAACACUGAAAUGCGGAAAAAGGCGGCAAAUGCUUUUGAAAUUGCAUUUUUCAAACUAAUGAACAAUGCCGUCUUUGGGAAAACAAUGGAGAACAUGCGGAAACGCAUCCGUAUUGAGCUAAUCUCCAGUCCCGAACGUCUAAGCAAGCUCGUAAACCAACCAACCUUCAACGACUGUAUCAAAUACGGUGAAAGGUUGUGCGCCGUCAUAAUGGACACAAAGAUGGUCAAGUUUAUCAAACCAAUAUACGUCGGUUUAGCAGUGCUUGACAUUAGCAAGACGCUAAUGUACAAGUACUUCUACGACGUAUUGAAACCACAUUAUGGCAGUGCAAUCGAAUUGGUUUACAUGGAUACUGACUCCUUCAUAUACCUGCUCAGAGUAGGCGACUUCUACCAGGAUUUAGCUGGUAGCCCCGAUUUACUGGUGCACGUGGACGCAUCUAGCCUGCCCAAGGAUCACCCUUGCUACUCCACCGAUAGAAAGAAGAUGCCCGGCUUGUUUUCAGACGAGACCAGUGGCCUCACUCUCUUUGAGAUCGCUGCACUUCGAUCAAAGUGCUACGCAUUUGACAUGGAAGGCAGCGAACUCAUAAAGUCUAAGGGGAUCCGCGGACACGUCGUCCGGAACCAUCUGUCUUUGGACGACUACAAACGGUGUUUGUUUAAAGACGAUGGUGACGAUGCGUCAAAACGAGCAUUGGCUGGAGAGAAUGCCCGUGCGGUCAUCAGAGUGAUACGUGGUGGUGACUCUCCACUGACAUUAUCGUUACCCUACACUCCGUACCGACAGAACGUGUCAAUCCGUUCGUUUGAGCACGAGGUACGGACUUUACGUACAACCAAGUUGGCGCUUAACCGUUUUGAUGAUAAGCGCUACACGCUCAACAACAGAAUCGACACGUUGGCCCACGGGCAUUAUGCUAUACCACCACCGGAAGACCUAUAGUUCUUAUCAUUGUAAAAAAAAAAAAUCGUCAAUAAUUGAAAAUUUUUUUUUUGUAAAUAUACAUGUAUAUAAGUAGUUUUAAAACAUUUUUUUAAUGUAACAUAAUGUAGUAAGAAAUUGUAUUUUUUCUAAAAAAUAUAUGUAUAUGCGUGUACAUAUUUGUAAAUAUAUAUAUAUAUACUACAUCGUUUUUUUUCUCUUCUGUACAGUACAAUAGUUGUACGUGUAAGAUGCCCUAGUAUUUAAACUAUAGUUACGUAAUGAGGUGUCACAUUUUGAUGGUAAGGUAUUAUCCACCAAAACUCUAAGAAUACC